CUCAUUCUGAUUUGGGCCUGUCCCUGACCCUGUCAGAAGAAGAUGUCGCAUUUGGCUGCAAGUAAGCGCAACGAUCAGCAAGGAGAAAACUGGGGAAUCUGUUCCUGAUGCCAGCUGGCCAGAGAAUGGGGAUCAGUGGAGCGACAAAGGAGAAGAGGAGGAUGAUGAAUGUGGACUAUUGCAGGCAAUGGCUGAAGAGGAUGAGGAGAUUGACCUCUUCAAUGAGGAGACAUUUGGCUUGGAUGAUGCCACGAGUGGUGACAAUCCAGAUGCUGACCCUAUGGAUCUCCUCCUGCUGUUUAGUGAUAACUCCCCAACUCCACGAUCUUCACCACUUCCACCUCCCAGAUCACCUUCCCCUCACAGUUCCUAUUCACCCUCCAGACCAGGAUCUCGUGUCUGGCCCCACACUCCUACAGGCUGGUCUCAGAGAGGAAGAGCAGCUCGAGGGCAGCUGUUUGAGGACCCAGCUGUUGUGAAGACUGUGAAAGGUCGAUCGAGCCUAAAGGUUUACCUCACUGAUGUCCACUGAUGUGGAUUUUCACUCUGUAGCUGGAUCAUCUGCAGCCUGAUUAUCCAUUCCUUCUCUUUAUCAGACAUGAUCUGGGAAUAUGGGUCCCAGCUCACUGGCUUUCUGUGAAUUAAAGAGGAUGCUUGCCAGACCCUCCCCUUCCUGUCACAUGAUACAUCUCUGCAUAUCCUGGGUGUAGUGACCAAACACCUUCCAUUAUUGAUGAGCAGAGAUGCAGAUGAGACUCUGCCUGUUCGGUAUCCAUCUCUCCGUGUUGUGAUUGAUCGACUUGCAUUCAGUCAGCUAAUCCAAAUUCUCAAAGAGUUCACCACAUCACUGCCUGACUCGAAAGACACACAUUUAACAUUGGCCUGUCAAAAUAAGUUUGGUCUGUCGCUGUUGUAUGCUCUGCUCUCACAGGGCGAAAGGAUUUUAUCUUCUGACUUUCCCAUGGAGCCCAGCAUUGGAGAUUUUGAGGCCUGGACGGAAACAGUAUUCCAUGUGGCCCGGCAGCUAUCCCAGACAACUCCUGCUGAGCACUGUUCUGUCGAUAUCUGGACAAGCGGACUGUUCACCAACUAAAGAACAACUUGGAGAUAUGGAGGAUUUGCUAAUGGAGGUGCAGCAAGGCAGCCUAAAAAAGGUCAUGAAAUGGAUGUCACCACCUUAUUUAUAUAUUACUUUGAUUCUGCAGUGCCUUUAAUAAUUCAUUCAAAAAAGAACUGAAUAUUAUACUGGUCUUAAGUAUUUUUCCUAGGCUCUUUUCAAGGUAUGGGAUAUCCCUGUGGUGGAACCAAGGGACCUUAAGCAGGAUAUGAUGCUAAAGCUGGGCCCAGAAAUGGACAAGGAGCCAAGCCUCAUGGUUAUUGUGUUCCUGGACAUAUGUUAGAAGGACCUUAUGAAGCAGCCAAUUCAGGUGCCUCUGGUGCCAAAUGCAGCUGUUCCUCAAAUAACUCCAGAGAAGCAAUAAACCAAGAUUCAGUCCGACCCAGCUUUGCCGCAAAUGAAGAAUCCAUCCACAGCAAAUCCUGAAAACAGAAGCCUGGAGGCCUUGCAACAAGGUCCUGAGAUUGAUGGACAGAAACCAAUUGACCAAUUUGGUAUCCCCUUCAUCUGUUUUUUGCUGUUUUUGCCUUUGAGUAUCCCAUGGGCUGAAGUCGAGUGGUGGAUAGGAGUGGUUCAUUAUUUGGCUUGUCUCUCUCCCACCGUGUGUUCAGUCUUCUACCAUCUCUUCAUGAACCAUGAGGGUGGAGCACCUAUUUAUGACACACUGCUGUGCUUUGACAUGUUUGGUGUCUGUCUCGUCAACACUCUUGGUGCUCUGCCAAUCAUUCACAUAACUUUGUUGUGUUACCCAUCCUCCCGGCGUGUGGCGAUGUUGGCAUAUCUCCUGCUCUCUGGCUACGGUGUUCACUGUGCUGUCUCUGCUCAGAGUAAUGUGCACCGCCUGCAAUCUUUCGCCUGGCAGGCGAUCUUCCGGCUGGUUCUCUUUAUGUUGCGUCUGACGGGUGCAGGCAGAGGAAGCCCCACAUCCCUUCGCCUCUACCUCACCAUGGAUACUCUUGCAUUACUUGGAGGACUAGUCAAUAUUUCCCGCCUUCCAGAGCGCUUCAGUCCUGGACGCUUUGACUACUGGUUUAAUAGUCACCAGAUUAUGCACAUCAUGGUCGUCCUCUCCAUUGUGUACUUGCAUUGGGGCAUGCUGGAGGAUUUAACAUGGUUAAAGGGAUAUCACUGUCCUGGUGAAUAAAAAAACAAAAACAAAAAAACAAUACCUGAUAAUUCAUAAUGAUAUUUUAAGAACUGCAGGGAAAUUACUGUAAAACCCAAAGUGUGAUGUUAAUAUUUUAAAUGGUGAUAUCAGUUGUUUAUGCCAUGGCACUUUCUUUAAAAUACAUAUUUACAGCUACAAGGUGACAUGAAGUUGCACUACAGAUGUUAAUGGCACACAACCUUGUAUGUCAACAACAAAAGACAGGGAAAGAGUAUUUUACCUUUGGUUGAUAGUCUAAUAUUUUACUAUUUUAUGCAUGCACAAUCAUAUGGUUUUUUGCCCUGUACAUUAUUUGCAUUUAGGGCUGUUUUCCCUGCUGCCAUAUUAGAACAGAAGUACAACCCAUUUUAGAGUUGAGAAACACAGAAUACUAUGGUGCAAAUCGCGAAAAAAGUGAAGCUCUUUAAAAAGGAGUACAAUUCUUGUUUCUUAAAAGCUUUUUCUGGUGAAGUUGUCAAAAUAUCGAAUAAUGAAAUGUGAAAUAUUGCACAUCCUUAUCCUUCUAAGUUUUGGAAAUCAGAUUUAGAUGAUUGUAUUCUGGAUAGCACUACUGUUGACAAAUAUGAUGCUUUCUGUUUACAUGGUGCUACAUAUGUCAGAAAUGAAACAUAUAUCAAUAUAAAAUUUUACUUGAAUUAAACAAGUUGGACUUGAAGGUCUUUCAACGUCUUUCUCUGUAAGACACUGAACUAUACCUUCUUGGCUCAUGUGGGGAAAUAAGAAUACAUUUGAGUGUAUGCACUCAUAUUUUCAAUUUUCAGCACUAAAAUCUGACAACUUGCACCGGAGGCUGACGGUUAAAUUGACCCUUAUGGCAUGUGCAUAAAAUGUAAAAAUGUGCUUUAAACUUAAAACCUUCAUGGAGAAGUACAAAAUUAUGAAGUCAGGUACUCAGUUGGACUUCAAGAUUUUAUUUUUAUUUGUGUGUGUGUGUUAAUUUAUGGUUAUCAUAAGAAAUUACUCAAAUGCACAGCCUUUUAAAGUAUACUGUGGGCACAAUUUCUGUGGCCACUGUCUGUGCUAUUAGCCUUCUGCUGUAGUGAAACUGCAACUACGUGUAUAAAUUAUAUAAAAGAAAAAAAAACUGUGAGAAAGGUCUUAUAUAAACUUUUGCAUGGUAAUGUGUGCAUUGAGAUCAGAGCAGCUGCCAUGACAGUGUGAUGUAACUUAGCUAGUUUUUGAUUCAAGAUUUUGUCUUGUGUAAAUAUAACUUACUUGGGUAUAUAUAUUUUUGUAAUAAAAAUAAGCUUCCGUUUCAUAAACUUGGUACUGGUAACAGCUAUUCCAUUAUGAUUAUGCCUCAAUUAGCUAGUUAUAGAUUAAGAGUUAUCGUUUUAGAUGUGCGUUUAAUCACUUAUUUUUUUAAAUAGCACUCUGUUCCGUAAAUGCAUUGUCUGCUGGUUUAUUUCAGUACACCACAUUAAGUAUGCCACUUAGUAGUGUAAGAUUUGGAAUAUCAAUGUGCAAAUUAACACUGGACCACACUUGUGGGUUUGCUACUGUUACAAU